UCCUUCAACAACAACAGCUCGUCAGAAACCUCUGUAGCUUGCUAGACAAAAAAGCCGAAACAAUAAAGCUAUUUAGACUGCACCGGUGUAUUACUAGCUAUGUUUUAAACACACUUCUGUCGUAUCUACUUGUUAUCCCAUUUAAUUUAACAUUCAUGCCUACGUUGUUAGUUACCGUCGUCAUCUACCCGUCUGGUUAAGAUAGCAGUAGCUCCAGGCUAAUCGUUAAUGCUAACUAGUUAGCUAGAUAACAUCCCCGACCAUGAGUUCACUGAGCUACUCUCCUCCUGCUAAAGAAGAGGAGGUCUGCUGGACGGAGAAAGAGGGUCUGUGGCUGAACGUUGUUGUGAAAGAAGAGGAGGAUGUUUCGGUAAAAAAAGAAGUAGAGGAUGAGGAUGUUCCAGUGAAAGAAGAGGAAGACGAGUUCAGAGUGAAAGAGGAGGAAGAUGUUACAGUAAAAGAAGAGGAGGGGAAAGAGGUGGAUGCAGUUUUUGGAGUGAAAGAGGAGGAGGAUGAGAUUACCGUUACAUUGGGGGAGGAGGAACAAGAAGAGAAGACCGGAGAUCUGAUUAACACCAGAGAGAGACCAGGCUCUCACUCUGACAGCAGGAAGAGUCCUUCAGGGGAACCAGACCCAGAGACGUCCAAACCAGCAGGAAAACACCACUGUUCCCUCUGUGGAAAGAGUUUUACUAAGUUAGGCAACCUGAAAGCGCAUGAGAUAAUACACACAGGAGAGAAGCCUUACCACUGCUCCCAAUGCGGAAAGAGUUUUACCUGGAUAGGGAACUGGAAAACACAUGAGAAAAUACACACAGAAGGGAGGAAGACUUUCCACUGCUCCCAAUGUGGAAAGAGUUUUACCAAGUCAGGGUCCCUAAAAAUGCACGAGAGAAUACACACAGGUGAGAAGCCUUACCACUGUUCCUAUUGUGAAAAGAGUUUUAGGUGGUUGGUGACCAUGAAAACUCAUGAGAAUACCCACACAGGAGCAAAGCCAUACCAAUGCUCCCUGUGUGGAAAGAGUUUUACCCAGUUAGGAGGCCUGAAUAGACAUGACAGGACACACACAGGAGGGGAUAAGACCUACCACUGCUCCCACUGUGGAAAGAGAUUUAACCGGUUAAGGCAUCUGAAUAAGCAUGAAAGAAUACAUACACAGGAGGAGAAGACAUACCACUGCUCUCAUUGUGGAAAGACAUUUUCCCAGUCAGAGGACCUGAAAUCACAUGAGAGAAUAGAGAGGCUGUGUUCUGACUUGUGUUUUUGACCUGAGAAUGUGUUUUUGUUUAUGGGCCAUUCCACUGUAACGGAGUGAUGUUGAGACUCACGUUUCCACUUUAAAAUGUAUGCCAAGAAAAAAACAUUGAUUGCAAAGUUUAACAAACAAUACACCUACAGUACCAGUCAAAAGUUUGGACACACCUACUCAUUAAAGGGUUUUUCUUUAUUUAUUUGCUAUUUUCUACAUUUAAUUUUACCUUUAUUUAACCAGGCAAGUCAGUUAAGAACACAUUCUUAUUUUCAAUGACGGCCUGGGAACAGUGGGUUAACUGUUAACGACAGAUUUGUACCUUGUCAGCUCGGGGGUUUGAACUCACAACCUUCCGGUUACUAGUCCAACACUCUAACCACUAGGCUACCCUGCCGCCCCAAUAAUAAUGAAGACAUCAAAACUAUGAAAUAACACACAUGGAAUCAUGUAAUAACAAAAAAAGUGUUAAACAAAUCAAAAUAUUUUUUAGAUUCUUGAAAGUAGCUACCCUUUGCCUUGAUGACAGGUUUACACACUCUUGGCAUUCUCUCAACCAGCUUCACCUGGAAUGAUUUUUCAACAGUCUUGAAAGUUUUCCCACAUAUGCUGAGCACUUGGCUGCUUUUCCUUCACUCUGCUGUCCAACUCAUCCCAAACCGUCUCAAUUGGGUUGAGGUCGGGUGAUUGUGGAGGCCAGGUCAUCUGAUGCAGUGCUCCAUCACUCUCCUUCUUGGUCAAAUAGCCCUUACACAGCCUGAAGGUUUGUUUUGGGUCAAUGUCCUGUUGAAAAACAAAUGAUAGUCCCACUAAAUAAAUCACUGACAGUGUCACCAGCAAAGCACCAUCACACCUCCAAGCUUCACUGUAGGAGCCACACAUGUGGAGAUCAUCCGUUCACCUACUCUGCGUCUCACAUUGCAACCAAAAAUCUCACAUUUCGACUCAUCAGACCAAAAGACAGAUUUCCACCAGUCUAAUGUCCAGUGUUUCUUGGCCGAACCAAGUCUCUUCUUAUUAUUGGUGUCCUUUAUUAGUGGUUUCUUUGCUGCAAUUCGACCAUGAAGGCCUGAUUCACGCAGUCUCCUCUGAACAGUUGAUGUUGAGAUGUGUCUGUUAUUUGAACUCUGUGAAGCAUUUAUUUAACCUGCAAUUUCUGAGGCUGGUAACUCUAAUGAACUUAUCCUCUGCGGCAGAGGUAACUCUGCGUCUUCCUUUUCUCUGGCGGUCCUCAUGAGAGCCAGUUUCAUCAUAGCACUUGAUGGUUUUUGCGGCUGCACUUGAAGUUUCAAAGUUCUUGAAAUUUUCCAGACUGAGCUUCAUGUCUUUAAAGUAAUGAUGGACUGUCUUUUCUUGUUGCUUAUUUGAGCUGUUCUUGCCAUAAUAUGGGCUUGAUCUUUUACCAAAUAUCUUCUGUUUCCAACCUCUGGCUUGUCACAACAAAACCGAUUGGCUCCAACUGAUUAUGAAGGAAAGAAAUUCCACAAAUUAUCUUCUAACAAGGCACACCUGUUAAUUAAAAUGCAUUCCAGGUACCUCAUGAAGCUGGUUGAGAAAAUACCUAGAGUGUGCAAAGCUGUCAUCAAGGCAAACGGUGGCUACUUUGAAGAGUCUAAAAUAUAAAUAUAUUUUGAUCUGUUUAACACUUUUCAUAUGUGUUAUUUCAUAGUUUUGAUGUCUUCACUAUUAUUCUACAAUGUAGAAAAUUGUAAAUAAAUAAAUAAAUAAAACCUUGAAUGAGGAGGUGUGUCCAAACUUUUGAUUGGUGCUGUACAUUUACUUAUUUUAUAGACCUAGAUGCUUAUUUUGAUAUUAUCUGUCUGUCUGACUGAAUGAAUCAGAAAUUGCUUUCAAUGUAGAUGUUUAGUUCGUGUGAAGUUUGUUUUAAAUUCUCACUCAUUAAAAUUCUGAACUAAUCAAUCAACACAUGCUUCUCU